AUGGGCGCCUCGACGGCCCUCCACCUCAUCAGAACUGGGUACUGUCCUCAGAACAUCACGGUUCUCGACACUUAUCCCAUUCCCUCUGCGCAAUCUGCCGGAUAUGAUCUAAACAAGAUCAUGAGCGUGCGCAUUCGCAAUGAAGUCGAUCUCCAGCUCAGCUUGGAGGCGAGAUACAUGUGGUAUAACGAUGAGCUGUUCAAGCCUUUCUUCCAUAAUACUGGCAUGGGGUGGAAAGCCAUAUUUGCUAAGGAUGGAGGUUGGCUGGCUGCGGCCAAAGCUAUAAACGCCAUCGGAGAGGUGUUGAAAUCCCGCGGAGUCAAUUUCGGAUUUGGAAGCGCGGGAUCUUUCAAGAAGCCUCUUUUCGCGGCUGACGGAACGACAUGUAUCGGUGUGGAAACUGAGGAUGGCACGAGAUAUUUCGCUGAUAAAGUGAUCCUGGCUACUGGCGCUUGGAGUCCGGCAUUGGUAGACCUUGAAGAUCAGUGCUGCUCAAAGGCAUGGGUAUUCGCCUAUCUCCAACUAUCACAAGAAGAAGCCGCCGAGUAUAGGAAUACCCCAGUAGUGUAUAACGGCGAGCUAGGUUUCUUCUUCGAACCCAAUGAGCACGGCAUCAUCAAGGUGUGUGAUGAGUUCCCCGGUUUUUCUCGAUUCAAGCUCCACCAGCCCUAUGGUGCAGCUGCCCCCAGGGCCGUUUCAGUUCCUCGAUCACACGCCCGGCAUCCGACAGACACCUACCCUGACGCGUCUGAGGUGUCGAUCCGCCGGGCAGUCGCAACUUUUCUCCCUCGCUUCAAAAAUAGGCAGUUGUUCAAUCGCGCUAUGUGCUGGUGUACCGAUACUGCCGACGCAGCUCUGCUCAUUUGCGAGCACCCACGAUGGAAGAAUUUUAUCCUCGCAACCGGGGAUAGUGGUCAUACUUUUAAACUCCUCCCGAAUAUUGGCAAGCACGUGGUUGAGCUCAUCGAAGGGACACUUGCUGAGGAUCUGGCUGAGGCUUGGAGGUGGCGGCCUGGUGGUGACGCCCUGAAAUCUAGACGAGCAGCUCCAGCGAAGGAUCUCGCUGAUAUGCCGGGGUGGAGGCAUGAUCCUGCUUUGUAG